AUGUCUUUCUCAGCUUCAGCACAAAACUUUUGGCUAGAGGACGGCCACAUCCUCGUUGCCAACGUUGCAGAUGAAGAGGGAAACUGGCAAGAAUCCCGUAUUGACCUCGACAACUUCAUUGGCAAUGAAGAUGGUUGGUUCAUGUGGGAUGGCGUCAACUUUUCCGCCUCUGCCAAUGAGAUCCGGCUAGAGGGCAGCCUUUUAACCGCCGAGCUGCCAAUGCGAGAUGGAGGAUACCGUGAACGCCAGGGUAUUCAACUGGAUGAUCGAAUUGCCAACAUCAACGGCCGAUUGGAGUUUAACUGA